AUGUUUGACGUUGAAGCGAUUGAAGCUAAAGAAAUCGCUGCGAGAAGAGAAUUUUUAUUAUUUCGCGAGGUAUCGUUGCCCCAAUCGCAGAAAUGGGAUUUUUCGUUUGAAUAUACGCUGGCGGCUGGCAGCAAUAUUCUGGUUCAAUUAAAGUUGGAAUACUUUGGCUCGGUAGCGGUGGUAUGGCACUGCACCAGCGACUACAUCGCCGUGUACUCGGGCUCGACGACGUCGAGCCCACUUCUGAAGAUGCUCUGUUUCAAGAACAAAACCUCGUUGACGUACAGCGGCCGGAAACUGCUGGUCGAGUUCAGAGCGGGGCAGGAAGUGCCGCCUUUCGAUUACAAUGGCUUCGUCGCUACCCUUAAUUUCAUAGAAAUUACCACGGAAGCUCCUACCACGGUUACUACGGACAGCACAAAUAAAAGCUUGGACACGACCAAGCCGAUCAACGCCGUUGGUUACAACGUACGCUACAACAAUCGGGAUCUUCAGGAUCAUCGGAAGGAUCAGGGCUCGAUAUCGGGUAGCUGCGAUCUGGAGGUGCACGGCGAGAAAGUCAGAGCCGGCCACCACGAUACCAGAGGCAAACUGAAGUCCACCGCGUGCAGGCUCGUGCUCCGUGGACGUGCUUAUGACACUGGACACGUCUCGUUGGCCAGUUACAAUCUCAGUGCUCAAGGCUGCCAGUCGUCGAUCGAAGUAUUCGACGGCGUUCCCGAAGGAGGGAUGCUUAGCACCGCGAGAUCCCUCGAGAGAAUCUGCAGCCCCGCGCGGAGACUUCCACUGGAAUUCGUGCAACAAGAUACGUACGUCGAGCCGAAAAGGUACUCAUCUAAUGGCAGAGACAUGACGGUCGUUCUCAGACGAGGCGCCAACAGCCCGGCCGACGAGGAAUACAUGGACGUCUCUUAUUACUUCCACGAUGAACGCGAGGGUGGCACUCAACAGCCGGCUAGCGUGUGCGACGUCGAAUAUUACGGGCUGACGUCACCGGUGAAAGGUACCGUGGUACAUCCGGAGCCUCACCGAUUAUUCGCCAUGGAGGGCCCUAUAAAGUGCAGGCAGCACUUCAUUCCAGCGGCUAAUCAGUCGGUCAUCAUCCGCGUUGAAAGCAGCUCGAAGCAGAGUCCGAACAACCCUUGCCAGACCAAGUGCGGAGACAGUGGUUGUAACUGCGUCAGCAACAUGACCCUGGAGAGCGUGGACCAUCUUCUGCUUGUCUCUGAAACCGGUCACAUCGUUACUUGCCUCUGUGGAAAUUAUCAGGACUGGCUACCGGUCGGUAUCCGUAGCUGGACGCCCGUGUACAUCGAAUGGUCGAGGUCCUCGAAGGCAGGCCUCAAUUUCCGCGCGGCUUACGAGUUUAUCAAGGACAGUUACUGCGGUUAUCACACAACGACCAAGCCGGAGGGCGAGGUGAACGGCGGUGACCUGGCCAGCAGCGGUUUGAAGCUCAAUCAGUAUUACCAACAGAAGUGCACGUGGAUCUUGGACUCAUUGACGGAUCGACAGCUGACCAUCGAAGUGAAAUCUACCCAGAGCCGUCCGUGCACCGCCUGGAACUUAACGAUACACGAGUACAGCAAGAACGGCGAUCCAGCUGGACCCAGACUGUACACAUUCUGCUCGAGGAACACGCACAAAAAUUUCACCCUCCCGUGGAAAACCAACACUGUGGUGGUUAGAUUACAGGCUCUGGGAAGGACAGCGCCGGAAUACACGAUGAAAUGGCGGAGCCAGUCGGUAAUCGCAAAUACGCACAAGAGCGGGCCAUCGCCGGCACCGAAUCACGUGCUCAGCUCCUCAGCCGGAAACGGGCCACGGGAAAUGCGAAUCCUAAUUCUGUUCGCGAUGCUCCUCGCUUACGCGGUCGGUUGUUGAAUGGACCAACUCGACAGACCGUGUUCGUACACGUUCCUGUUCACAAUGAGAAACAAAAUAUUGCGAACGAGCCUAAGAUUUCUACUAGCGUACAAUUUACGUGUACAUAUACAUACGCCCGCGCGCACACACACAACACACACGUUAAAUAUAUACGAA